GCGGCGGCGAUGGAGCUCUUUGGCAUCAAUGGCAAGGAGCGAAGCUCCUCGCCAUACGUGAUGAUUUCAAAUAUGUGGAGGAAGAAGUCCAAGAAACCCUAGCGCGCUGGCGAUGGCGAUGGCGGAGGAAGAUUUUGGCGACGCGGAGCUCUGGGCCGCGAUCGACAGCGCCGCUGCUGCGAGGUAUGGCGGGGACAGAUCGAUUGUUGUUUCCUCUCGAUUCCAGCAGCAGCAAUCUCCUCCCGCUCGGCGGCAUCCACUCGUGGAGCUCCCGCCCUCUCCGCAGCAGCAGCCGGGGCUAGGACUAGGCUACAUUGUGCCGCGCAUGGCUGCUAGAUCCGACGCCAUCGCCCCUCCCUCUCUCAAGCGCCAGCAGUCGCAUUUUCCCGAUGGCCACAUUCCAGUCAGGCAAAAGCAAAGCUCGUAUCUUGGGAGUAUCGUGGCUCGCGACGCUGGGCGUCCAAGCUCCUCCUGGACGAAUCAAAACGAGAACCAGCAACCCAGCACUACCAAUCACAACGUUUCGCCGUGGAUGCCACAGCAGGAGAUCCCUUCUUCGACUGUUUUUCGGCAGCUCCAGGACGCAGCCAUGGCGAUCUUGGAGAAGGGAGACUAUCUCAUGAUGCAAGGGAAGCCAUUCAUUCGAAAGUCUGGAUGGAGGAAGAUCGCUUUCUUUUUCAGCAUUUCUUUCGAGAUCAAGGAGAGGAAAAUCGAGUAUGAUCAAAACACAAAUGUUCUUCGUGCCGAGUUUGUGGUCAGAGCGUCUAUGCAAUCCGGGAGGUUUUCUGACGGGUGGGGGUCUUGCGACUUGAGAGAGAAGAGAUUCUCUAAACCAAACCAUGAUAUUCCAAGCACAGCAGAAACAAGAGCCAAGACUAGAGCUUGCCAGGAUCUACUCGGCAUUGGUGAAUACAAGUCUGGUGGAAACAUUUAGCCUUCAGGUUGGUUCUACGACACAACUCUUCCUAAGCGUAUAACUCUUUAGCCAGCCUUGGCGUUGCAGAAACCAUGAGAUUUUUGUU